CCUUGAGGUCCCUUCCAACCCUGGCCAUUCUAUGAUUCUAUUUCUCACGUAAUUGCACUGCAGCAGGGCCAUGGGCUCAGCCUUUGUGUGGGGGGUUCCCAACACUUCCCCUGCUGCCUGCCCACAUCUCGCUGCCCUCACUUCGCUCUGAGAUUUCCAUGUCUGUGAGCGGGCAGCUCAUUUUAACACAUUGCCUCAUGUUUCCCCACCUGCAAAAUGCCACAUCCGUGGGGCAGGCGUGGGUGCAAAGCCACAUGCUGAGCAUGGGGCCGCAUUGAUGCGUGCGUGGGGAGAGUGGGCUGAGCAAGGCUCAGCUCCAUCUGUGACCCCAUCCUGGGGCUGCCCUAUGUACCAAGGGCCAGCAGGUUGGCUGGGAGCUGUGGGUUUGCCCAUAGAUGGUGCCAUCACGUCCCCAGUGCUGAGCAGCUCGGGGCAGGGCUGUGUCCAUGCAUUCAUGCUGCCCGGCUCCGAGGUGCCGCCGUGCGUCAUGCAGCAGCUUGUGCUGGGGAUUUGGCUGGGUUAUCCCUGUAAUUCGCUGGCUGUGGGAAUGCUGGAGCUGGGGGGAGGGCUGGGAGUGAGCAUGCUGCAGGUGGGGGCCCUGUGGGUGCAGCCUGUGUGCCAGCAGGGAGCUGUGAAUGAAUGGCAAAGCAUCCCUGGAGAGGGAGGGAUGGGUAAGUGAAUGCUGGGACCACACCAGCUUGAGGAGGAGAAAGGCAACGGCUCUUGGCACCCAAGCAGCUGCAGAGUGUGCUCCUGGCACGCUGCUGUGGUGUGCAGGAGGGGUGCUGGGCCAGGGAAGGGCUUGGCAGCUCACAGCAGGGAGUGGGGCUGGGGUGGGGGCACAGCAUCGUGUGGUGUUGUUGUGUUUGGGUGCUGUGUGCUCUGCUCGUGCUGCGUUGGAUGGGACGUGUGGGACAGGGUGGACCGCUCCCAGCUGGGCUUUCCUGUGGGGAAUGCAGGUCUUGCAUUGGGGAGGAGUGUGAUAAACCUUCCUGGGUGGAAUUUGGGACAGAUGAUGAGGCUGCAGAACCGGCUGAUGCUUUGGAGGAGGGGUGGGUGUGCGUGCAGUGGUGGGACAGUGAUACAAGCCUGGGGUCAAGCAGCUGUGUGUGCAGAUAAGCAUUCUGCUCCAGGAGAUACAAGCCUGGGGUCAAGCAGCUUUCCUCGCUGUUUGGCCAUGGUGAGGGCUGCACUGAACGCCCACCGUCAUCUCACGCAUGGGGUGAGUGGAAUUUCUGCGCAGGGCUGAGCAUCACCUCCUGCUGCCGCAUCCCAUGGUGAUGCUCUGAGCUCAGGAGAAAUCCCCAGCAAACACAGGGACCCCACCAGGACGUUUCUCCCAGGAGCAGAGCGCUGAGGGAGUUUGUAGGUCUCACACAAAGAGUUUUGCAUAUGGGGAAGUGAGAGCGAACUGGGGGACAGCCCGUGGUAUUGCCUGCCCUGCAGACCAUACCCUGCACAGGGGGGGACCCAGAGCCCAACCAGGAAUUGAGGAAGCUCUGAAGAACUGUGCGGCUUGAGCCAGGUUAAUGAAGCCCAGCAGCUUGGGGAAUCUGUGCUGCACGUUGGGGUGCGUGUACAGGGAGGACGUGGGGCUGCGGAUGGGCUCACAAAGAGCAGAGCCCUUUUGCAACGGGGUGAGGGGUGUUUGGGUUUCAACUCCUUGGGCAGAGAGGGACGUGCUGGGAAUGAAUGUGCACGUGCCUUGGGAAGUGGGCUGGGAAGAUCCCCAUCCAGCUAUUGUGGGCGAGUCCUUCCCUUUCCGUGCAGCUAGUGGCUCAGGAAACCUGGAGAAACACGGCUCCUGGAAGCAUUGCUGUGGGGAGGAGGUGGUCCUGAUGAGGGGUCUGUGCCUUUGUAGGGUUGUGCCACGGGGAGGUGCCCCAAUGCACAGCAACGCUGCCCAUCUGCCCUCACCUCCUUACCCGAUGCCCGAACUGUGUGCAGAUGGGAGGGGGGGGGAGGAAAGCCUGGCUCGGCGUUAUCACAGCCAGCAGCACACUCCGUGGGUUGGUGCCUCUAUCUCGGCCGCGUGGUUUUGCUUCCUUCCAGGGUGUGCCGAGUGCCUGAAACUCAUCCGGGAUGAACAAACCACGCGGCUGUUGCCCAACGUCCUGCUUGCUGUGGGAAUAGGCAGAAGGAAAGUGAGGAGAGUUUCCCAAUUGCGCACCCAGGGAACUGUCAGGCUCCUGCCCGGCCCGGCUGCUCUCGCACCAGUCCCACCAGGCAGAGCAAGAGAACCUCAGCCAUGCCCUGGGGCUCCCAUGCGUGAAGGACAGAGGAGAAGGAAGAAGGAGCCCAUUGAGACUCACUGCGUGGGAUCCCUGCCACUCUUAUGAGCCUGCCACCCACUCAAGAUGGCAUCCAGCAACAAGAAUGGGAGCAGCCGCUCCAGCAGCAGCCGUCUGCAGAGCAAGAAGCCCCCCAACCUCUCCAUCGUGAUCCCCCCGCCCCGGGAGGCGGAGGAGGACGGCAAGGACGGCACCCACAAGGAGGUGAGCUCUGGGAGGCACCUCUCCGUCCCACGUGGGGUUUGGUGUACCCAUUGUUACCCUCUGUGCUCUGUAACCCUGUGCUCUGCCUCCCAGCCCUCCAAGGUGCCCAUCUAUCGGAAGAGCAAGAGCCUGCAGGAGCCACGCUCGAAGGGAUGUGAGAGCUCAGAGCGGCGGCCCGGCUUCCGCCGACAGACAUCUCUGUCCCAGAGCAUCCGCAAGGGCACGGCGGAAUGGUUCGGCGUCAGCGGCGACUGGGAGGGGAAGCGGCAGCACUGGCAGCGCCGAAGCUUGCAGCACUGCAGCAUGAGAUACGGCAAACUGAAGGCUGCCUACCGCGACAUGGAGCUGCCCAGCCAGGAGGUGCCCUCCUUCCAAGGCACCGAGUCACCCAAACCGGCCAAGAUGCCCAAGAUCGUGGACCCUCUGGCCAGGGGCCGUCCCUUCCGCCACCCCGAUGACACCGACCGUCCCCACACGCCCCACCACGUCCUGCCCCCUCACACCCCCGGCGUCGCAUCGCUGGCGUCCCUGGGCAGUGCCCGCUCCGGCUACAGCCGCCUGCCACGCCGCAAGAGGCUCUCUGUGGCACACAUGAGCUUCAGGGCGGCCGCCGCGCUGCUCCGUGGCCGCUCUGUCUUGGAGCCUCUGGCUGAGAAGCAGAGGAGCACCAAGAGGAGCUUCAUGUACCCCAGCUUCAUGGAUGAGGACGUGGUGGAUACCGCUGACACACUGGACUCCUCCUUCUUCAGUAAGAUGGACACGCACAACGAGACCUAUUCCAUGCCAGAUGACGUCUUUGAGUCACCACCACUCUCAGCCACGUAUUUACGCAUGCACUCAGUGGGGGAGGAUGUCAGGGCAUCCCCAGAGGUGGAGCAGACCGCACUACGUGAGGGUGCCCGUCUCGCUGCUGCCUCAGUUGGCCCGGCCCCCCAGAGGGGCAGACGCAUCGCUUCCAAAGUGAAGCACUUCGCCUUCGACCGCAAGAAACGCUACUAUGGACUGGGGGUGGUGGGGCAGUGUCUGAACAGGACGUACCGCCGCAGCCUCAGCAGCAUCGUGCAGUCACAGCUGGAGAUCACCGACAGCCACCGGCCAUAUUUCACCUACUGGAUCACUUUUGUCCACAUCCUCAUCACCUUGCUGGUCAUUGGCACGUAUGGCAUCGCUCCCAUUGGCUUCACCCAGCACGUGACGACAGAGUUAGUGCUAAGAAACAAAGGCGUGUAUGAAAGUGUCAAGUACAUCCAGCAGGAGAACUUCUGGAUCGGGCCCAGCUCGAUCGAUCUGAUCCAUCUGGGAGCCAAAUUCUCACCCUGCAUCCGGAAGGACCGCCAGGUGGAGCGGCUCAUCCAGCGCGAACGGGACCGGGAGCGGAACUCUGGCUGCUGCGUCCAGAAUGACAAAUCAGGCUGCAUCCAAACACUGCCACAGGACUGCUCGGAAACGCUGGCGACGUUCAUCAAGUGGCCCAACAACAACACGCCGACCAUGGGCUCCGGUGAGAAGCGCACGUCGGGGGCUGUGUGUCACCAGGACCCCAGGACGUGUGAAGAGCCGGCUUCAAAUCCCCCCCAUGUAUGGCCAGAUGACAUCACCAGGUGGCCGAUCUGCACCUACGAGACCAAAACCAACCACACAGGCCUCCCUCACAUGGACUGCCAGAUCAAGGGCAGGCCGUGCUGCAUCGGCACCAAGGGCAGCUGUGAGAUCACAACACGGGAGUACUGCGAGUUCAUGCAUGGCUACUUCCACGAGGAGGCAACGCUCUGCUCACAGGUGCAUUGCCUGGAUGAAGUCUGUGGCCUCCUGCCUUUCCUCAACCCGGAGGUCCCUGACCAGAUCUACCGCCUGUGGCUGUCCCUGUUCCUGCAUGCAGGCAUCAUCCACUGCCUGGUGUCGGUGACCUUCCAGAUGACGGUGCUGCGGGAUCUGGAGAAGCUGGCGGGCUGGCUCCGCAUCUCCAUCAUCUUCAUCCUCAGUGGCAUCACGGGCAAUCUGGCCAGUGCCAUCUUCCUGCCAUACCGGGCGGAGGUGGGCCCUGCUGGGUCUCAGUUCGGUUUGCUGGCUUGCCUCUUCGUGGAGCUCUUCCAGAGCUGGCAAGCGCUGGAGAAGCCAUGGAAAGCCUUGCUCAACCUCUCCGGCAUCGUCCUCUUCCUCUUUGUCUGCGGCCUCCUCCCCUGGAUUGACAACAUUGCUCACCUCUUCGGCUUCCUCAGCGGCCUGCUGCUCUCCUUUGCCUUCCUGCCCUACAUCACCUUCGGCACGAUGGACAAGUACCGCAAGCGGGCCAUGAUCAUCGUGUCCCUGCUGGUCUUCCUGGGCCUCUUCACCUCGCUCUUCAUCUGGCUCUAUGUCUACCCCAUCAACUGGCGCUGGAUCGAGUACCUCACCUGCCUGCCCUUCACCAGCAAGUUCUGUGAGAAGUACGAGCUGGAGCAGGUCCUGCACUGACCCACGGAGGGGCUGCGGAGCUGGGACCGGCCUGCUCAGGGCCUCCAGGCCCCGCUAACCCCAGGACAGCUUGUGGGGUGAGGCAGCAACCGGGCCCAACGGUGCCAAUCCUACUGUGAACACAACGCCCCUUUUUGCAGGGGCGCUUUUGUACCCAUGGCUCUUGGCCGUGUCCAUCACCUCGGGGCUGCCUGGGGCUUAUGGGGCUCUGUGGCCACGCUCUGGUUCAUCCCUUUCUCCAACCUGUCCCAGUGGGAUGGGCUCCUCCAGCACUUCUCAGCCCUGGGAUUUUUAAUUUUGGGAGGCUGGAGGUGUUUUCCUGAAAGGGCUGUGGGGGGACCCUGGUGGUUUCCACAGUGGAGGGCUCUGGAGGUUUUUUUGUUUUGUUUUGUUUUGUUUUCAGCUCUGACACUCUCAGAGCUGAGGAUUGAAGAUAUUUUUCAGCCCCCUGUUUGCUCCCCAGGGGCUCAGGAGCAAAGCUAUGCUCCUCAUGGUGGGCUCCUCACUGGGUGGGAUGGGGGUGCUGCUUUUUCCCCUCAGUGAGGCUCACCCUGAAAGUGGAGCACUGUGCUGGUAUGUAAGCAUAGAAGAAAGCACUCCAGUGGUUUUGUUCAGCUCCUUCUGGAUCCCCAGCGUGAGGGAGGGCUUGGCUCCUCAGGACCCACUCCUGCUGCUGCUCUGGACCCACGCUGUCACCUCUUGUCCUUCAUGGUGUAACCAGGUGGCUCAUCCAGUGCUGUGUGUGACAGUGCUGUUAACAGGAGCAGCACAAGUACCCCAUCAAAACAAUCCAGGUGCUGGGGUCUCAGCCCCAUGUCUGCCCCCCCUGCUCUGCCGCAGGCCGGCUGCAGCCCCAUUCCUUGCUUCUCCAGUGCUGCUCCAGCCAAAGAUUGGCACCUCACCUCAGUUGUCUCUUUUUGAUACUUUUUUUUUAUU